AAAUGAUACUCAUUGCAAUGAGAUACUAAAGACCAUAGUUUCAUGCAAGUCAAGUAGUAAAGAAUGCUAUUCAAAGAAGAAAAGGUAUACCAAUAUAAUCUAUUUUGAAAUUAGACAGAAAGAAUGUCAUGCAAGAGCAUUUGGAACGACUAGCCGAUAAAUUAGAAUACAAAGCAUUCCCAUAUCAUGUCACUCAUUAUGAUCCUGCCCAUGAAGAUUACAUUCCUGCUUAGAGACAAGAUUACAAAUAGAGAUUGACAGUCGACACUCACAACAUGCUCGUUGAUGGAGUGAAGAGAGAUGUGACUAUGCAAAGAUAAGUGGAUGAAGCAAUCAAGAACUUGGAUAGACCUUAUUUAAAGGGUAAAUCCGGAGUAACAAAGAACAUCACUGGAGGAUUAAGAGAUUAUUUUCCAAUUGAUAUGCCUUAUGCAUAGACAGGCAAUUUAGAAAAUGAAGAGUUGGAAUAUGAAAAUGUGUUCAGAAAUGAAAAACGAUGGAUUGCAUAAACUAUUGCUCCCAGAGAAAGGACAGAAAGUGAAAAAAGACACGAAAAAGAAUUGGAAUCAAGACCAGUUACCAGGAAAUUCCAUCCAGAUAAAGGUUCUAAAUAUGAUGUGGAAACUCCAUAUCAUUUGAGAUUCCCAUAUUUAGCAGAUAGAUUGGGACAUCCUGAAUUUUUAGCAAAUCCAUUCUAAAGAUUAUUUAGAUUAGAAAGUGAUAUGUAUCAUCCAAGUUACAAUGAUCAACCAUUUGUCCAACAUCCAUCAGCUGAUCCUGAUCCCACUUUGAAUUUCGAAGAAGGAGAAGUAGUUUAUGAAAACACAAGAUUAAGAGAAUGGUUGAAAUUCGUAUGGUGGACUGGAACAUUCAGCUUUGCUUGGAUUUGCUGGGUGUUGCCAUACAAUAUUGUCUACAAGACCAACUUAAUGUUUGAUCAUUAAAUCGAUGCUUCAUUCUAUCCUUAUCAUUUAUAAUCCAUCUACAACAUGGAUUACAUGAGAAUCAAUGUCUUGGCAGCCACUGCAGCUUCUGCCUAUCUAUGGUAUUUCCAUCAUAUGUCCAUGAAUGAUAUCGGUAGGAACUAUGUCACUAAAGUACAGUACAGCAAAGACAAAGAAUUAGUCUUUGUUACUAGAAUGGGCUCAUUCGGAGUUGUUAGAGAAGAUGUCUUCGAAACUCAUCAUUUAGAAGUCUUACCCUAUUAUACCAAAUCAGGUGUUUAGAACAUGAGACAAAAUGUAAAUGAUCUAUUUUUAUCACUCUAGGAUUUAGGCAUGUAUGAAGUCUCUUGCUUGAACAAACAAGAACUUAUGUAUCUAUACAAAGAGGACGCUUUCUGGAAUCCUAAUCUGAAAACCCAAUUCCUUAGCAAUCAUUCUUAAUUGAUUUCCAAAUAAUACUUCGGAUUAAAAAGGUAGAAGUCUCACUUUAUUUUAGAAAUGAGGAAUAAGAAUACCAAAAAACUCAAACUGUGGGAGAAUUGCCUUUAAAAGAUCUACCAGCUCCAUGAAGUAUAUAUAUGUCAUCAAAAGCAUUAAAAC